AUGGCCUUAUCAUCUGAAAAUACGUUGAUCAAAGACCUUGAAAUGCGCAGCGCCUCGAUCAUUUCUCGACGCCUAAGCGAGUCGGCGUGCUCGCACAGGCACUACUCGGACAUACUAUGUAUUGUGGGCCCACAGAAGGCCUGGCGGGACUACUAUUAUGAGACGGAAGGCAGACCACACGGCAGAGGUACAGUUGAAAAUCUCCUGGUAGCAUGCAGACGAAGGACGUCCGCCGAAGGUAGACGUCAUCGUCGAAGGCAUUGCAUCCUCACUCCUCCGGCUAAGGAGUUGGCAGAAAUCAAGCACAUGGAUGAGGUGCAAAUGCUGAAGAAUUUGCACUCACCGAUUUCCCUGCCAUCAUGCCCAGCUGAUGCCUGA